UACGCUCGAUUUACUUGAACCAGACCAGCGCCAUCGCAAUACACACAAUUUGUAAACAAAUAUUUCUAAAUGUUUUGAGUGUUAAUUUAAACUAUUAUCAAGUGCUUAAUUUUUUUGAAAUGGCGUCUGAAAAGGAAACUGACACUGAUAGAGAUUUCGAUUCAUCGGAGCUAGGAACAAAAGAAUAUUGGGAUUCUGCGUAUGAGAAAGAGGUAGAAAACUUUGAAGAUAUUGGAGAUGUUGGUGAAAUUUGGUUUGGCGAGGAGACAAUGGAAAAAGUUGUUGAUUGGUUUGAAGAUAAUGAGGAUAUAUGUAAAGAAGAUACCAUUAUUGACCUUGGUUCAGGGAAUGGGAUGAUGUGUAUAGAACUUAGAAAGCGGGGGUUCCUACACCUGACUGGAGUUGACUACUCUGAACUUGCAAUAACACUUUCCAAAUCUGUGGCAAAGUCAGAAGGAUUUGAGGAUAUUGAAUUUGUGGCUGGUGAUUUAAUUACAGAGGAGAGGCUAAACCCAUGUACAUGUUUAACAAGACAAUAUAAACUUGUUCUAGAUAAAGGAACAUAUGAUGCUAUAAGCUUAAUGCCAGGAGAUUCUUUAGUUGCUAGGAAACAAUACUUGAAAACAGUGAAAGAUAUCAUGAGACCGGAGAGCUGGUUUUCUAUAACAUCUUGUAACUGGACAAAAGAUCAACUCUUAGAUUUCUUCAAAGAAGAUUUCCAACUUGUGAAACAGAUACCUUUUCGAACCUUCCAGUUUGGUGGACAAACAGGAAGUACUGUUACCAGCUUAGUGUUUAAACUAAAAACUUAAUAUUUGAACAGGAUUUUGAAAAAUUAAAGUCAAUUGAAAUG